AUAACAGCAAAACCAGCAAUUUUAUUGCAGUGUGCCUUCAUUUUAUCAAUCUCUCUGAAGUCUCAGCAUCCGUAGUCGCCUCCUCAUCCCGGAAGUUGUCCAUCGUAGGCUUUCAGGAAGCGGCGCAUCACCAUCGUCUGUGUUUUCACAACAUCGCAGACAGGACAGGGGCCGAAACAACGAUCAGCUCGUGAGAUAUUCCCUUUUCCCCACUUGGGGUUCUUUAAAAUGGACAAAUGAAGUGAGCGGCAGAUACAAUGUCCUCGUUCCAGGUGGUGGAUUCCUCACCUGGCAGCAGUGUCAGUAUCAUGGAAACGUCCAACUUUGCCCACGUCAUCUUCCAGAAUGUUGGCAAAAGUUUCCUGCCUCAGGCACCCCUGGAGUGUCGCUACACUCUCACCCCUUACAUCACACCUCACCCCAAAGACUGGGUGGGCAUCUUCAAGGUGGGCUGGAGCACAGCUCGAGAUUACUACACCUUCCUGUGGUCCCCCAUGCCUGAAAAAUAUGAACCAGGAAGUACUGUGCACAGGACUGUGGUGUUUCAAGGUUACUAUGUUCCCAAGUCUGAUGGGGAAUUCUACCAGUUCUGUUACGUGACACACGGCGGUGACAUAAGAGGGGCAAGCACACCUUUCCAGUUCAGGUCAGCCACACCCACCGAGGAACUGCUAACUGUCAGUGAAGAUGACAGCAAUUCAGACAUCCUGGUGGUCACCACCAAGACUGGCCUGCUUGAGCGUGUGGAGGAGGCGCAGCAGGAGCGCAGGGAGCUCCUGAAGGCCAUGCGGCUCCUCCAGGAGGAAAAGCAGCAGCUGCAGGAUGAGCAGAAGCGACUUUCCCGGGAGCGGGAGCAGGAGAGGGAGACGUGUUGCUUGCUGCGCACACACAACCAGGAGCUCCUGCGCUCCUCGCAGUGUCUGUCGGAGGAGCGGGAGGAGGUGAGGAGGAGGCUGACGGAGGCGACGGAUCGAGUGCGCCAGCUUGAGGAGGACCUGCUGGGCGUCACUCAGAGAGGCCUGCAGAAAGAGACAGAGCUGGAUUGCCUGCGUGACCGUCUGAAGAAGCUAACAAUCGAGCGAGACACCUUGGACAGCCAACUGAAGAAUGAGAAAGCCGAGAUGGACCUCUACAAAGCCCAUCUGCGCAGCACCGAGCUGGAGAACACCAAGCUGAGCGCCGAGCUGCAGAUGCUGAAGGCGGUGGAGCUCAACCGAGAGGUGACAAUCGCUCAGUUCCAGGAGGAGCUGGAGAGGCUCAGGAGCUGCGUGGCACAGCGGGACAGUUUGGAGAAAGAGUUGCUCACGCUCAAAGCUGAGAAGGCCGAGCUGGCGCGUGUGCGCGAGCAGCUCCGUCAGGCUGAGGAGCAGCUCGCCGCGUCCCGUCAACAAGCGGCCUUGCUGGCCUCUGAGCUACGUGACUCAGCCAGCGCCCGGGACCAUUCCAUGACCGAACUCUACCGCGCCCGCCUGGAGGUUGAUAAGCUCCGCACCAGCCUGGCCGAAGCGCAGGCCGAGUGCCAACGCAUGGAAAGUCAGCUGGACCGCAUGAGGAGCUCUGCACACAAGGAAGUGGGUGUUGGCACUGGUGGAGAGCUCGCGCCCAGUGUGCUGAUUGUCUCAGAGGAGGAAGCCGAGCUGCAGAGGGAGGUGGAGGAACUGAAGCUGCGCCUCCACAUGGCGGCCGAGCACUAUAAGGAAAAAUACCGAGAGUGCCAGCGGCUCCGCAGGCAGGUGGCCAAACUGAACACGAGCGAGUCACACGCGGAGCACAAAAGAAAUGCAUCUACCGAGACAGUCUUGGAGCCUAUGACCCCAAGUCCUGAUUCACCCACGGGCGGAAGUAUUGCCGCAACAGCCCUCCAAGAGGCUUCCACCUUGACAAUCAGCACUGAACUUGAAAACCUGGAAUGUACACACGGCAGCACAGAGAUUGAGGCGAAGCAGACUGAGAACAAGCCGACGGGGAGCGCCGAGGCGGAAGGAGAUGUGAACCAGCAAGAGGAGCGAGAAGAGAGGAGGGAGGCCGCGCGGGAGGACAGCCUGCGGCUGACAAGCUGGGUGGAGGUGGAGACCAAGUGGGCGGGCGGCGAGGGGAGCGCCGAGACCGAGCAGACGGAGGGGGAGGGGGAGCCGGAGGGCAGGAGAAGAGGGGAAGGAGAAACGGCAGAGAGGGAGCAGAGCAACUCAGUGGAGGAGGAGCUGGCCCUGAUGGAGGAGAAGUGGAAGGAGCAGUGCGCCAUCAAUGAGAUUCUCAAACAGCGUCUGGCCAAUGAAGAAGAGCGAUUUCGAGUACAGAUGGCAGAGCGGACCAGCGAGGUGAUGGAGUUGAAACGUGACCUUGCCCAGGCUUUGAAAGACAAGGAGCGACUGCAGGAGGAAUUGCAUCUCUUCCUGAGUCGGCGAAGAGAGCAGGAUGCCCACGGUGAAGGCGCUGAGGUCAGGCAGCCCAUGGUGCUGCGCUACCCGCUGCCCUACCCCCAAGACCCCUCGCCGCCUCCACUGGUACCGCAGAGGCCCGCCGAGCUGCAGUUUGGCAAUCCUUAUGCCACGGAUGCCAUGCAAGACCGGGAAGCGGAUGUUUCACUAACUCUCGAGCAACUGAGCCGUCCUCCACCCGAGGCCCCAACUUGCGCCACUCCCUGCGCCCCUCCAAUCACUCCAUCAAAUCCGAAUCCUGGCCCAGUGGCACCAGGCUGGGACAGAGAAGUGGUCUGCAUUCAGCCGUCACGCAGCACUAGCCCCCCGGAGACCAUGGAGCGACCACCCGCUGAGCCUCAGGCCGCGGGCGACGGGGCUCAGCCUCCUUGUGACCAUCAUCAGUCCAGCAGACCUGGCGAAACAAGAAGCAGCUUCUGCUUUGACUCGAGGAGUGACGUCCACAAGCGCUGCCCGCUGUGCGAGGUGAUAUUCCCGCCGCACUUUGAGCAGAGCAGCUUCGAGCAGCACGUGGAGAGCCACUGGAAGGUGUGCCCCGUGUGCUCGGAGCAGUUCCCCCUUGACUGCCAGCAGCACCUCUUCGAGAGGCACGUCCUCACGCACUUCGACGGCCACGUGCUCAACUUCGAUCAGAUUGAGUGAUGCGCCCCCGGUCCCCUUCCCGAGUGUCAUUCUGUUAGCUGUUACAGGUUCGGCUGUGUCGUUAAAUGUACAAUCAUCGGCACGUUUUUUGCAGGUUACAGGUUCUGUUAAAGCUGUUUGAGAAGUUAUUCCAUAUCCUUGAUAGCCAGUUUAAAGUUCAUGCACUAGUAUGCUCUUUGUCCUCACUAAAUCCGAGUUUUACAUAAAUUUUUUUCACUGCUAAUGUCACUUUUAGCUUACUAGUAUGCAGUUAGACCUUACUAGUAAAUAUCUGGGGUACAGGACCAGGCCCAACUAGUCGGCAAGUGUCAUGCACUAGUAGCUUGCCUCUCAAGGAUGUUCAAUACAUUCUCCAACAGCUUUCUACAUGCCAACACAUAAAAAGCUUUGCUUCCACUUUUUUUUUUUCUCCUAAAGCUCAUCUUCGUUUCUCUGAAGCACCUUUGGCAGCGCAUGUGGAUAUUGAUGUGUUCAGAACAAUGAGAAAAAAAAAAACGACACACCCCAUCUGCUGUCAAGAAAUAUAAACAGACAUUUCAAGUGUAAAUGCAAAGCGAGAUACUCACGAAUGGACUUCCAAACCAGAAGGCUGCUCUGCUUCAGGAAAUAAAUUUAACAUAAAUAAAUGAAUCAGAUGUAUGUAUUAAAAUUAUAAUGAUAAUUAUAAUAAUAAUAAUAAUAGAGUAAUACAUUUCAAUGAAUCUGCACUAUAAAAAAAUGGCUUUAUUCCGAAUGUAAUGUACAUAUGGAAAUGUGUGUGUGUGUGUGUGAGUGUGAGAUAUGUACAAGUACUGCCCUCGGUUUGGUCAUCUUGAUGACUGCUGUGCACUUUUCUGCUUUAUGUUCUGGUGUUCGGAAGAUCUUGAGCAAGACGUCACUGACGGAAGACCGUUUGAGCAUUUAUUCCAUAACUUCGAUACCCAUCUUAAGGUUCAUGUUCUUGUAAAGUGCUGGAUCUUGGAAGAUAGUGAAUAAAUGCUGAAACUGUUUUCCAUGGUCAUGUACGGCCAUAUUUCGAGUUCUCAUGAAAAGUCAUUGCUCUGUAUACAUGUUAGACCUCAUGAACGAAUGUCCUCCACGUGAGCUCCGACGGUGUUGUUUCUAUUCAGGCUUUACAAAACCGCGCACCAAUCACAAGGCCUCCGUGUGUGUGUGUGUGUGCGCGCGCGCGCACGUGUAUAUGUCGAUGUGUGAAUGGCAAAAAUCUUGAUGAAUAAAUGAACUUAUCCAAGUGCA